AUGUCGUGGCUGUUCGGCCUGAACCGGGGGCAGCCCGAAGCCCCGGCUCAGCCUCCACCACCGCCGCCGGCCGGAGGCUCCAGCGGCGGCGGAGAUAAACCCAAGGACAAAUGGAGCAACUUCGAUCCCACCGGGCUGGAGCGAGCCGCAAACGCGGCCAAGGAGCUCGACAAAUCCCGACAUGCCAAAGAAGCUCUGGAGUUGGCUCGUAUGCAGGAGCAGAGCACCCAGAUGGAGCACCAGAGCAAAAUGAAGGAGUACGAAGCAGCGGUCGAGCAGCUGAAAGGCGAACAGAUACGAGUCCAGGGUGAGGAGAGGAGGAAGACUCUGAAUGAAGAGACCAAGCAGCAUCAAGCGAGAGCUCAGUACCAAGACAAGCUGGCCAGACAGAGAUAUGAGGAACAACUCAGGCAACAGCAAAUUCUGAAUGAUGAGAACCUCCGCAAACAGGAGGAGUCUGUACAUAAGCAGGAGUCCAUGAGGAAAGCCACGAUCGAGCACGAGAUGGAGCUGAGGCACAAGAACGAGCUCCUGCGUAUAGAAGCCGAAUCCAAAGCUCGAGCCCGCGUGGAGAGAGAGAACGCUGAUAUCAUCCGUGAGCAGAUCCGUCUGAGGGCUGCAGAACACAGACAGACGGUGCUGGAGUCCAUCAAAACCGCUGGUGCUGUGUUUGGAGAAGGAUUCAGAGCCUUUAUUUCAGACGGGGACAAAGUCGUAGCCACGGUGGCAGGAUUGACCCUUCUAGCUGUUGGCGUGUAUUCAGCCCGAAACGCGACGGGGGUGGCAGGACGCUACAUCGAGGCGAGGCUUGGGAAGCCGUCGCUGGUGCGAGAGACGUCCCGAUUAACUGUGGGAGAGGCAAUCAAGCAUCCAGUCACGACGACUAAACGAUUAAGGAGCAAACCUCAGGAUGCACUUGAAGGAGUGGUGCUCAGUCCUUCCCUUGAAGAGCGUGUGCGUGACAUCGCCAUAGCAACCAGAAACACUAGGCAGAAUAACGGCCUCUACAGGAACAUCCUCAUGUACGGCCCGCCAGGCACUGGCAAAACGCUGUUUGCUAAGAAGCUGGCAAUGCAUUCUGGGAUGGACUAUGCAAUUAUGACUGGUGGCGAUGUAGCACCCAUGGGUCGUGAUGGUGUGACCGCCAUGCAUAAAGUCUUCGACUGGGCAAGCACAAGUCGACGCGGGCUGCUGCUGUUUGUGGAUGAAGCUGAUGCCUUCCUACGCAAGAGAUCCACAGAGAAGAUCAGUGAAGACCUCAGAGCCACGCUGAAUGCCUUCUUGUAUCGCACUGGAGAGCAGAGCAAUAAGUUCAUGCUGGUGUUGGCCAGUAACCAGCCAGAGCAGUUUGACUGGGCCAUAAACGACCGUAUAGAUGAAAUAGUGAAUUUUGCUCUGCCGGGCCCUGAGGAGAGGGAAAGGCUGGUGCGGUUGUACUUUGACAAAUAUGUGCUGGAACCCGCCACUGUAGGGAGACAGAGGAUGAAGCUGGCACAGUUCGACUAUGGAGUCAAAUGCUCUGAGAUUGCGAAGAGGACAGGUGGCAUGUCAGGAAGGGAGAUCUCCAAGCUGGGUGUGGCCUGGCAGGCGGCAGCAUAUUCUUCUGAAGACGGCGUCCUGACCGAGGCUAUGAUUGACGCUCGUGUCGAAGACGCUGUCAAGCAACACAUUCAGAAGAUGGACUGGCUGCUUGGAGAGGAGGAUUCCAAGACCCUUACACCUUUCUCAGCUGGGGCGACAACCGCUGGAGGCAAAAUGGGCUUCAAUCUGCCCAUUAGUGAGGCACCUCAGGCCCAGCAGGUGGUCGCUCCAAUCCUGGAGAUGAGCGCAAAGCCAGAGGUUGACACUAUCCCUCCUCUUUCAGACAUCACUCAGGUGAUCGCUCCAGCCCUCGCAAUGAGCGCAAGGCCAGAGGUUGAGAUGAUGCCUCCUCCUUCAGAAAUCGAACAGGUGAUCGAUCCAGCCCUGGAAAUGAGCGCAAGGCCUGAGGUUGAGAUGAUGCCUCCUCCUUCAGAAAUCGAACAGGUGAUCGAUCCAGCCCUGGAAAUGAGCGCAAGGCCUGAGGUUGAGAUGAUACCUCCUCCUUCAGAAAUCGAACAGGUGAUAGAUCCAGCCCUGGAAAUGAGUGCAAAGCCAGAGGUUGAGAUGAUACCUCCUCCUUCAGAAGUCGAACAGGUGAUUGCUCCAGCUAUGGAGAUGAUCACAAAGCCAGAGGUUGACACCAUACCUGCUCCAGAAAUCGAGCAGGUGAUUGCUCCAGCCCUGGAAAUCAGCGCAAAGCCAGAGGUUGACACCAUACCUGUUCCAGAAAUCGACCAGGUGAUUGCUCCAGCCCUGGAAAUCAGCGCAAAGCCAGAGGUUGACACCGUACCUGCUCCAGAAAUCGAGCAGGUGAUUGCUCCUGCCCUGGAAAUCAGCGCAAAGCCAGAGGUUGACACCGUACCGGCUCCAGAAAUCGAGCAGGUGAUCGCUCCUGCCCUGGAAAUCAGCGCAAAGCCAGAGGUUGACACCGUACCGGCUCCAGAAAUCGAGCAGGUGAUUGCUCCUGCCCUGGAAAUCAGCGCAAAGCCAGAGGUUGACACCGUACCGGCUCCAGAAAUCGAGCAGGUGAUUGCUCCUGCCCUGGAAAUCAGCGCAAAGCCAGAGGUUGACACCGUACCUGCUCCAGAAAUCGACCAGGUGAUUGCUCCAGCCCUGGAAAUCAGCACAAAGCCAGAGGUUGACACCAUACCUGCUCCAGAAAUCGAGCAGGUGAUCGCUCCAGCCCUGGAAAUCAGCACAAAGCCAGAGGUUGACACCGUACCGGCUCCAGAAAUCGAGCAGGUGAUUGCUCCUGCCCUGGAAAUCAGCGCAAAGCCAGAGGUUGACACCAUACCUGCUCCAGAAAUCGAGCAGGUGAUUGCUCCUGCCCUGGAAAUCAGUGCAAUGCCAGAGGUUGACACCAUACCUCCUCCUUCAGAAGUCGAACAGGUGAUCGAUCCAGCUCUGGAAUUGAGCACAAAGCCAGAGGUUGACAGUGUGCCUCCUCCUUCAGAAGUCGAAAAGGUGGUUGCUCCCGCCUCAGAGGUGAAUGCCAAGCAAGAAGUUGACAGUACACCACCUUCUUCAGACAUCGACCAAUCAGCAGAGGACAAAAGUGCUCUCCCAGCUGGACAGGACAGUCAAGAUGCUGCCAAAGCAGAAUCUGUGAAAGCACCUGAGAGUUUAGCCGAGCCUGCUAGUGUAACUGACAGCGAGGGCAAGGUGAAAACAGAAGGCAAGACUGAAUCCACUCCUCCUAAGGAUGGAACUCCAGUUUGAUUUGUUCACUGGUGUGGCCUGGAUAUGAGAGAUUAGUGUCCUGUCCCUUUAUCUAUUCUGUCAGUUUAUCUGCAAAAGCCUGCUGGACUGUCAUUCAUGACAGAAGAUGAGUUCAUAGGCUUGUAUGUAGGAGGAAUAAUCAAUUAACAUUUCAACACAAACAAUAACUGAGACUCUUUGAUUCUAAUAAAGAAUGUAAAAGUGUACUUUACAUUGAAACCAGAGUGUAAGAACAGUAUAUAAAUGUUGUGUCUCUUGAACUGAUUAAAUGGGUGUUUGUUUUUAUAAAGAGA